UUAUCCCGCACUCAAGGUUUCAUUAUACAAUUAUUUGUGUACUGUAAUUAUCCCACAAUUUGUAAAUUAUAAUUCAUUUGUAAAGCAAUAAUAUUUUUAUAAAGAACUGCGCCAAGUAACUUCAGCCCAUGAGCUCUCCUUCAAAGAUGCCGUUCACAGCUGACGCAGCGGCACAUCAAAUACAGGAGCGGCUCAAGAACAUAUACAAUUUAAUAUUUGAGAUAGAAGAAGAACGCAAUCGAUCCGAACAUAAUUUGAAUAAUAUCACCAAGGCUCAUGAUAAAAUAACACCAGACGAUAAAGUCUCUCCUUACUAUCAACAAAAAUUAAAAAGUUUAUAUAGCGCUGCUGUUUCUGAUGCUCAACAAGAAGAGGAGCUGAUACGAAAAGCGCUGGCUAAAAUUAACGAAAUUAGGGCAAUUCGAAAUGAGCGUAGAAUUCAAGCACGUAAUGCCGGAAACAAGGAAACAAUACGACGAGGUGCAUUGAUGAAAAUGUUGUUAAGCUCUGCACAAACUCUACCACUUUACGUUGGUAAAUCACCUGGAGCAAAACCGCCCCCACUAUGUGGCGCAAUUCCAGCUGAAGUUACAUAUAUAGCAAAGAUGGGAGAUAUGGUUGCCGCGCUCGUAAAGGGAUCAGAAGAAGAGGAGAAUUGGAUUCUUGCUGAAGUUGUUCAAUUUAAUCCAACAACGAGUAAAUAUGAAGUCGAUGACAUAGAUGAGGAACAAAAGGAUAGACACGUUCUUUCAAAGCGACGUGUUGUCCCGUUGCCUCUGAUGCGAGCAAACCCAGAGACAGAUGCCCACGCAUUAUUUCCAAAAGGAUCUAUAGUUAUGGCGCUCUACCCGCAAACAACAUGCUUUUACAAGGCUGUUGUUAAUCAGCUACCGACUACCGCGACUGAAGAGUACGAAGUACUAUUCGAAGAUGCAACGUAUGCAGACGGAUACUCCCCACCUUUAAAUGUUGCGCAACGUUACGUUAUAUCCAUAAAGGAGAGUAAGAAAAAUAAAAGUCAAUCUUGAAGAGAAGCAAAUGUAUUAUUCACUCUAGAGAAUCAGUAACGUAUGAUGAUGAUAUUGGAAUUUUCGAAGCAUUAAUUCAGAUAAAAUCACGUCUAAUCGAGAUGGUGUACAAUUCAAAUCAUGCAAUCAUACCACUGCCAUGAAUUAUUUUCAUAAUUACAGUACGA